CGAGUCUGGAGGAGGAAGAGACAGAGCAGGUUCAGGUUAGGUUCAGGGGCAACCGGGGCCAACAAGGAUGUCUUAUAUUUCUACUGUGGCAAUGUAUUUUCUGAUGACUCUGCUGAUCCUGUCCAGUAUGAGCUCCACUGGAGCGGCAGCGCGCAGGAGGCACCGCCGACACUGGCUCGUCCCAUCCAAGAAGUUAAGGGAGAAUGAUGACUACAGAGACACCCCCAUCACUCGGAUCAGGUCAGACAUGGACAUUAAAGAGCCGCUGCAUUACUCGCUGACAGGCCCUGGUGCAGACCAGAGGCCCUACAACCGCUUUGUCGUGGACGAAAAUGGGAUGGUCUACGUCACCGAGGUUCUGGACCGAGAGGACAUAGACAACUACACUCUCAAAGGAGUGGCGCGUUACCUUAAUGGCUCUAUAGCGGAGGAAGAGAUCAUGCUGAUAUUUGAAGUGGAGGACGUGAACGACAGUCCCCCAGUGUUCCCCAGUAGGCCCCCCCUGUCUGUGAACGAGAGCAGCCUCCCAGGCACUCUGGUGGGCUCAUUUACAGCCAAGGAUGCAGACAAAGCUGGAACUCUGAACGCAAAGAUCGCCUACAGUCUCAUCAAACAGGAGCCCCCGGAGGACAAACCUCAUUUUUACAUCGACAAAGACUCUGGGGCUAUCUAUGUCAAGGAAAACCUACUGGACAGAGAGAGGCAGGUUUCCUACACCCUGACAGUGAAAGGCGUGGACAUGGGUGGAGGUCCUGGAGGCAAAUCAGCCACAGGGACAAUCAAGAUCAUAGUCACCGACAUCAAUGACAAUGUACCCACUCUGGAGAAGGACUCGUACUCUGCACAAAUCAAAGAGAAUGACGCAGAUAAAGAGAUUUUGAGGAUCCAGGCUCUGGACAAGGACGAGAAGCCGACGCCAAACUGGCUCGCUGAGUUUGACAUUGUCGCCGGAAAUGAAGACGGAACAUUCAGCAUCUCAACAGACCCUGCUACCAACGAAGGAAUCCUCAAGCUGGUGAAGCCUGUGGACUAUGAACAAAACCCUGACAUCCAACUUGGGGUCGUAGUAUACAAUGUUGCCCCAGCUGCAGGACCAGGUGGAGGGGGCGAUGGAGGGGGCGAUGGAGGAGGUGAUGGAGGAGGUGAUGGAGGGGGUGAUGGAGGGGGCGAUGGAGGAGGUGAUGGAGGGGGUGAUGGAGACACUGGGGUAGAUAUGGGGGUAGGGGUGAAUGCUGGGGCAGGGACAGGUAUGGGGGCGGGGCUGGAUACAGGAGUUAAUGUAGGAGGUGGAGCAACAGGAGGUGCUGGGGUCAACCCACCGGGAACAAAUACCGGACAAGCUCCAAACUCUGGAGGUGGGACAGACCCGACCAAGAAGAAGAAGAAGAAGAGACCAGUGAAAGGCAAAGUGUACGCCGUGAACAUCGAGGUGGAGAACGUGAUCGAGGGAGCGAGCUUCAAACCCGAGGUGAUGCCGGUGCAAGUCUCAGAGAACCCAGAGGAGCUGCCUGAGGACAGGGUCAUUGCAGUGUACCAGGCCACAAAUGAUGAGACAGGAAAACCAGCGGACAAUGUCAUAUAUGCUAAAGAGUAUGAUCCAGAAAACCUGCUAAUUGUCGACCCAGACACUGCAGAAAUCAAACUCCAGAAGAUUCCAGACCGAGAGUCUCCGUUUGUGGUCAAUGGGACGUACUAUGCCAAAAUACUCUCCAUGACCAAAGAGGUGCCGUAUACCACAUCCACCGGGACAUUAGCCCUGCAGGUGGGGGAUUUCAAUGAUAACUGCCCCACCCUGACCUCCACACUGGAGUUUGUGUGUAAGAACACCCAUGUGGUCAACGUCACAGGAUAUGACGUAGAUGAAGACCCCAAUGGAGCCCCUUUCUCCUUCAGAGUGGUGACGGAGAAGACAUGGGGGGAGUGGACGGUUCAUCCUAUUAAUGGUACCCAUGCUUCUCUCCACUCCUCCACUCCUUUCUGGACAGGAGAGGUCCACCAGAUCUGGCUGGAGGUUUUGGACCAGCAGGGCCUGUCCUGUCCAAAGCCUCUGAACCUGGAGGUACAUGUGUGCUCGUGUGAGGGCGUGGACAGCUGUGAGUCAGAGCUCACUCUCCUGGUACAGGAGGCUUCAGUCAAGGAGUCCACAGCCACAUUAGGACCACAGGGUGUAGGUGUGGUGAUCCUGGCCCUCCUGGCACUGCUCCUUGCUGCCUCCCUCGCCACCUGCACCUACGCAUCAAGACAAAAGGCUAAAGCUUUUUUUGAAAUUCCCUCAUCCAAAGAAGGUAACUUAAUGGUCUACCACACGGAGGGCCAAGGAGAAGACAAGGACGUUCCUCUUCUCAGUUCUCCAGUUUCUAUAGUUCCUAUCAGCCCAAACACUUAUCAUACAACCACCCAAGCAAACACGACCCAUGCCUACAGCUCCCGCUACAUCUCCACCGAGACCGACUUUGCAUCACGACGCCAGGGACUGGACUGGAAUGGAUAUGAUGCCAGGGGCUGGACUGUGGAAGAGGUCAGUCAUGAAGAAAGGAAUCAUCUGAUGGCGAAGAGGUUUCAGGUCGACAAAAUGGAGGGCUUCGUACUUCCUGAUGUGUUUAUCCAUGGAUACUAUUCACAGAAGGUGAAUCACAUUACUCUUAUGGACAGCCCACCAGAGGAACGGUUGGUGUUUAACUACGAAGGUCAGGGGUCACCAGCGGGGUCGGUGAGCGCCUGCAGCAUCCAGGGAUCCCAUGAUGACCUUCGGUUUCUGGACGACCUGGAGCUCAAGUUCAGGACGCUCGCUGAAAUCUGUGAACCACCUCGCCCUCCCACUCCGACCAUUCCUCCCACUGUUCCUUUGGCCAAACCUAAUCUGCCCACUGCGUCCAUUGUCCCAACUGUUUCCACAUCCAGAAGUACAUUGCUACAAACCAAAACUGACCUGACGUUGCAAUCAAAACAAUCGACCGUUCUUCCACAGAGCUCUGAAAAUUCCAAUAGCAGUAGUCAGCAAACUUCUUCUGUACAAAGCAAGGAAAAGCAUAAAAUAGUCAGCCAACAUAUUCCCCAGAGCCCGCCAGCUGUAGUUAGUUUAGCACCCCCUCUAGGUCAGAAUGUGCUAUUGCAACAGGCCCAACAGCCAAUCUACUACAUCACGUCUCCAGUACCCGUGCCCAUGCAAUAUAUGGUCCAACCACAAAUCCCCAAUCCAAUACUCUUAACGGGAAACCAAGCGGCGAACAUGCCCGGGCUAGUCCUGGUUCAAAACGGGACCUCGGAACAGGUUGUGCAUUCUGGUAGGAAGAAAUAUGGUAGUUUAAAUUUGGGAAAUACGCUUGGUAAGGAGAAAGGGAUGGAGAAAAGGCGGCAAAGACGGUCAGAGGGAGGCGGAGACUCACUUAGCUCAGACGGCUAUUCUAAUGGAACGCUAACAAAAAACAACAAAGGCGAUAGUAUUUCUAAAGCCGUGCACGUUGAUAAGAAAAGUCAAAGGAGGAUGCUUCAAGACGGUAGUUUAGAUUUGGUGGAGCCACUCGAAGCCAAGCAAGGCAGCUACAAAGCAACAAAGCGUAAAAUGUCAGAAGGAUGGGUGAGCGCAGAUGGCUAUGAUAAUGGAGUGCUGGUAAAUAACAAAGAAGCUACAGUGUCCAAAGAAGUGCACCUACAAACGAUAAAAAUUAACAAAUAUAGCACACGUGUAUAAAACAAAUCUUGAUCUUGAAAAGGUGCUAUGCUAGAUGCAGUUCAUUUAUUGUAAAAAAGGAAUAAUCAUGUUCGAAUCACUACAGUAUGCAACUUUUCAAAUGGGAGGUUUUGCUUUGCAUAUCGCUUUACCUGGAAUGCACCACUGUAGCAUUAAACGUACAUAUUUUUUAUUUGUUUGUUUAUAUUGAAUACAUUUUUUUUUAGCUCAUUUUGAAAACAUUUCCUGGUGGCAUCACUUAAAUUACCACUGGACCCAAAGUUCUCCUCCCCUCUACUCAUCUCCCUCUUCGUUGAUAGCCACUCCGUUAUCCGCUUACCCUCUGUAAUCAACCUUGGCAUCCCUCUAAUGGGCUCUAUUCACGCUUACGUUACAAAACCAGAAGUCGUUUGGAAACAAGCACGGAGUGGUGUGUUUGGACCAGUCAGAGUCAGAGCUGCUGGAGCGGUGCUAGCACAGACUCCAAGUGGGGCUAGGGUACGUCUUACAAUGCAAACUUUUAGGUGCUUUGAGGAUUUUUAAAAUUUUAAAAGUUUAUGUUGUGAAAAUAGAAAAGGAUCCCAACAAAACCUGACCUCUGUGAAAGUUGUGGAUGCUCUCUCAGCUGAACAUGGGCAGUUUGAAUUCCCAAAAAGUGCUCUGCCUCUAUGGGAGAAUUCUUUCUGGGCCCAAGCUCCCAGGAGUUGCAGUACCUGGAGCAGCCACUAGUUGGUCUCGAGCUGGGACAGAGGGAGAACGCUUUAUCCAGUUUUUAUUAUAGAUCGACAUGCCCAGUGUCUCUAACUACACCAGAAAUCGUCAUUCGCAUGUUUCCAACGUCUUCCUGUAAGCAUGAAUAACUCCUAUUCAGAGCCCACAUAAACCACAUCACCAAAACAUGAUCCAUAAUUUCGCCUUCAUCACCUCCAGACUCGACAACUACAAUCGCCUUCUUUACGGUCUCCCCUCCACCCACCUCCAAAAAAGUACAGUACAUCCAGAAAUCUGCCGCCCGCCUCCUCACCCACGGCCGAGAGAAGAACACAUCACUCCUGUCCUCAAACAACUCCACUGUCUCCUCGCACAGUUCCACAUCCAAUACCUCCAAUACCUACUCCUACAUCACCUACAUGCCCCUCCUUAUCCUAGCCCCUCCCUAUCUCAUCCCUCAUGAUUUCUUUCAUCUUCUACUGCUUCCUUAUUGUUCGUAAAGCAUCUUUGAGUGUCCAGAAAAAGUGUUACAUUUGAGGCAAGAGUCAAUUAAUUAGUCAAUAAAAAUAUAAGAAGAAAAAUAAUACAAAAGUUUUUAAGUGUUACAUUUUCAUUUUUAAAAUUCCAGAAAGUAUACAUGUAGAAAUGUAAAAAAAAUAUAUUGAUAUGUAAUUUCAAAGAACCGUUUUGAGGCGUUGAAUUUAUCUUAGGACAGUUUAAGGUGGUGGACUCUAGAGGGUGCUGCAUUUCAUAGUUAAGUGUACAUGUAGCAGUUAAUCAUUUUUUAAACAACAUUUUAUGAAUAUCAGAUAAAUUGUAUUGAGAGCACUGCUGAAGAAUUUAUUUGUAUAUUUUUGAACCAGUAUGAAAGCACCUUUUUAUGUGAAUGUUGUAUUUGUUUUGGAUCAAGAUACACUUUAUUAACACUGUUCAUAAGCUAAUUUCUGAUAAUUAAUGAUGCACGUGGGGCUUUUUAAUGAAGAGGUCUAAUCGCAUGUGGUUUUCAGCAGAGUUCAGGCUUUUGGUUUUAUAUACUGUAUGUUCAAGAAAUACUUUUUGAGAGACACUUUAAUUUGUUUUAAUAUGAACUAUAAAAUAAAAUGGAUAAAUAUGAGGAAAUACAUGUGAUUAGCCUGUUUUUACGUGUGUGUGUGUGCGUGCGUGUGCGCGUGUGCGUGUGUGUGUGUGUGUGUGUAAGCCUCCAUCUCCAGACCCCUGCUGUGCUGGGAGGAUUCAGUUCAGCUGGCACCUGGUUCCUCAAGCUGAUUGGUGGAAAGCCAUAACA